GGGGGGGGGAGGGAAGCUGAUGAGUGUAGUGUAGAGAGAGACUGCUGAAUUUGAUGGCUUCUUCUGGAGGCGAAUCCGCCGCAGCGGGCCGCGCUGCUGUCGGAACAUCCAUCAAUACCAGUAGGUGUCCCUCUUUCCUCAAAAGGGUGUGUUUGGACAAGUGGUGGCUGAUUAAGGUGGAACCGGACUCUAAAGGAAGAACACUGGGUGUUGCAGGCUUUGCUUCUAGAGAGAGGCAAGCGUCAAGAGUUUUCCACUCUGCAGCAAUUGCCAGGAGGCACGAUGCUGUCACCCUUGAGACAGCAGAUGGCAUUACAAUUACAAUUACUGGCUUCAUAAAUAGGUCACUCACAAUUGAAAAUAGCUUUCCACCUGAGGCGUGCAACCAUUUCCUUUUUGGAUUUCCCUACUACUGGGAAGAGUAUUCUUGUCAAUCUCUUGAUGAAGAAUUGGUCUACAAAACUAUUUCCUCCAGGACUUCUACCUUAGAUGCAUUUCACUUGUCUUCACAUGAUGGUACAAACUGUUUGCCCCUAAUGUCCUUGGAUAAUCUUCCAGUGACUAGGAUACGUGAUCUCUUAAUGUCCCGUCUUGGAGAUUCUGAUGAUUCGGUGAUAUCAAAAGGGAUAUUGAAUGAUAUCCUGCAAAAACAUGAUAGUACCGCUUCCAAAGAUGAUGAUGCACCCGUUCAGUCGAACGUGCAAGGUAAGUUCUGUGGAUUGGAUGGAAUUCUGAGUAAUUCUUCAAAAAAAAUGGAUAAACAGAGGACAAGAGACAAUUAUGUCAUCGAUCCUGUUACAAGCAAUUCUGUACACAGUAGAACUCCAAAACAUCACAAGAGAACAAUGAUGAAACAGAAGAAUAAUGAUGAUAGUGGCAGUGUAGAUUCAAGAGAUGUUGGAAUGGAAGAAUUUCAGACAGUUAUUCCUGAAUGUGAAAUGGAUAUGGAUGCCAAUAGCUCAAGUAGAAAGGUUGCCCGGAGGAUUAUGGCUAGAUUGGAUAAUCACAGCGACAAGGGGAAUAUUUCUCUGAACACUUCUGCAACUCAUAGGGUUGCCCAACCAUUAUAUGCAACAGAGCCCCGGCGUUACCAAAAUCGAUGGAUAGAAAAAAGAGGAAAUGCUUCAAGUGCAGGUCAGGAGAUCGAAUUGUGUUAUGAAGGAGUGGAAGCUAAGGAAACCCCUAAUAGUUCUCUCAGAAUAUCUAGUAUGAGGGAAAGUUUAAAUGGUCAGUUUUUUACUUUAGGUUCUUCCAAGAACAAAUGUGGUGCAGCUGUACCUAGAAGAAAUGAUUCAGAUUCACGCCAUGGAAACAUAUCCUUGGAGGAGAAGGCUGGAAAGCCAAUCCCUCAUCGAGCUCCAGCUAGAAGGUCAAAUAGACAAAGAAAUAUAAAGAAAUGAUACGUAUGGAUUAGAUUGAUGAGAUUUGAUCCCGGGAAAAAAUGGUCUCUAUGUAAUAUAAGCACUUUAAUUGCUUGAGCUGCCCUUAAGUAAUAACCUCAUCUGUCAAAAUGCUUACUGACUGGUGAUCAAUUGCAUGUUUUGCCUUCUCAAUA